AUGCCAUAUCUCGGAAUAAGAGGAAAUAAGUUACCUGUGGCGAUAUCGCUGACUGCAGGUAUGGGCUGGAUCCUGUUUGGUCUUGACGAUGCCAUUUUGGGAGCUGUCAUUACUACCACAGCGUUUGAAAGAGAGUUCAGUCUCAGUACUUCAAUGCAAGGAACCGUUACCAGUUUAUUCGAACUCGGUUGUUUCGCUGGUGCUUUAAUCGUAUCUUUGUUCGGAGAGAAAUUCUCUAGAAGAUCGUUAUUGUUCAUUUAUACUAUACCUAUGGUUAUUGGAUCCGCGAUUCAAAUAGCAGCGCAAAAUACUGCCAUGUUAAUUGUUGGUCGAAUAAUCGCUGGCGUAGGUUUGGGUGGUAUCACAUCGACUUUACCAAGUUGGCAAAAUGAAACUUCUCCACCGGAGUUAAGAGGAACUGUCAUUUGUACUUCGUUAAGUUUCCUCAUCAUUGGUCAAUUGAUAGCUUAUUGGGCUGGAUAUGGAUUACUUCAACAAUACCCAACUCAAAAUAUCACGUGGAGAUUGUUAUUUGCGCUUCAAACUAUAAGUGUAUCGAUCAUGGCUUUAAUGGUAAUAUUCAUGCCUGAAUCACCUAGGUGGCUCAUUGCUCAUGGCAAAUACGAUCAAGCUCGAUCUGUCGUCGGCUGUUUACUUGAUAGACCGGAAGAUCACGAACUAGUCAAUGAACAAAUGGAAGAUAUGACCAGGGCAAUCACCUUUGAACAGGAACAUGGCGCUACUUGGGCUGAUCUACUCAGCUUCAAGAAAGGGGAUCAAGGUUCGAGGGAAAAGAGAAGAGUCUUUACCGCUUGUUGCAUUCAACUCGCACAACCGUUUUCAGGCUCUACACCUGUAUCUUUCUUUUUGACUAGUAUCUUCGAGGGGCCCGUUGGACUUUCAGAGCAUGUCUCAACUUUAUUAUCAGGCUUCUUACAAGUUUGGUUCCUGGUAGCAAGUUUCGGUACUUGGUUCUUGAUAGAAAGAGCUGGAAGAAGGAAAUGUUUCAUUGUCAAUGCAAUCGCUAUGGGAAUUACAAUGGUUGUUCUGGCUGUCAUGGUGAAAUUGGACACAAAACCAUCUGGAUACGUCGCAACCGUCUGCUUGUUCCUCUAUCAAAGCUUUUACACUUGGGGAUGGAUGGCUGGUGUAUGGUGUUACAGUAAUGAGAUUUUAUCCACUACAUACAGAUCCAAAGGGGCUGGUCUCUGUGUUGCCCUUCAAUGGUUAUUCGAUUUCGUCAUUCUACAAGUAACUCCUAUUGGUAUUUCCCAAAUUGGUUGGGGUAUGUUCUUGGUCUUUGCAGUAUUCAAUUUCUCUUAUGCGCCAUUGGUAUAUUUAUUCUGUCCCGAAACCGCUGGCGUACCGCUCGAAUCCAUCGAUGCGAUGUACCUACCCGGCUUAGAUCCAGUCAAAGAGUCAUUCCGAAUUCGAAAACAUAUGAAAGAACAACAACUUGCUACUAAGGAACAAGGUAUCAAAGGUAAUUCUCAUCAAUUAGGUAGAAUCUCUACUUUGAUGGGUGAGAAUAAACCUCAAGAAGUUAGAAUUGAACGAUUCGGUGAAAACCAAUUUGGAAAUGGAAAAAACAAUAGUACUACAGCUACUAUCGAAUAA